AUGUUUCUUUUGUUUGAAAUUGCUUGGUGCUCUUCCUUUGUUGAACAAAAUAUUAUUCAUAUAAUUAAUUAUUAAUAAAAAAUCUAUUUAUUCAACAACAACAAUAGAAAAUUCAAAAUUUAAAUAAUGCCUAGGAUAAAAACUUUGGCUAGAGGAAAAAAAUUAUUACUAGAAGCCUAAUUUAAAAAAAUACAGAUGCAACGAAAAAAAAAAAUGAAUACAAUCCUGAUUUCAAACCAGGUAAAUAAGCUUAAGGAGAUUAAGAUAAUUGAAAUAAAUCCAGUGCAAUGUCAUUUUUUUAAAUUACUUUUAACUUAAAAGACUAUGUAUGAGAAGAGUUCUUUCUUAUCAACAACUUUAGCAGGAAAUAUUUUAUAGGAUUAACUAUACUAAUAUUCAAGCAACAAAUUUUGGAGAUUAUCACAAAAAGCUAUUUAGAAAUGGGGAUUUAUUUAAUUUUCUAAGCAAGUUAACUACUUUGAAAAAUAUUUUGAGGAUAUUUGUAAUAAAAAUUAGAAUUUUAUUCUCAAAUUUACAUUCAUUAAUUCAUAUAUAUUUAUAUACACACAUGCAAACAAACAUCUACAUAUUUAACUAUAUUUUUAUAUGAGUAAAUGUAUAAAUAAUUAAUAUUUAAUCUUGAAUUUAUAUUGA